CCUGGCUUCAGUUGUUAGACACAUCAAGUCUGGUUGUUCCAAUUGCGCAAUACGAGGGCACAACAACACAAUCACAUCGCGACGUCAGUUGAACUCCUGGAGCCACUCCACGUUUCCUUGAUUAGCGGACUGGCGCAUCUCCAGCACGGCAGUAUAGGCGAGUUAGAAACAGUGUGCUGGAAAUAGCCAUGAAAUCAGAUCCUGCACUGGCUGCUGGAGAACUGGGGUACUGAGGGGCGAACAUGUCGGAACAAGCUCCGUCUGAUCGUGACAGACCAGACGACGGCGAGGACCAUGGAGGAGGGGGAGAAGAAGGACGUGGCUGUGAUGGCGGGGAAGAGGAGGGUGGUGGAUGUGGCGGUGAAGGCGGGGAAGAGGAGGGUGAAGGAUGUGACGGUGAAGGCGGGGAAGAGGAGGGUGGUGGAUGUGGCGGUGAAGGCGGGGAAGAGGAGGGUGGUGGAUGUGGCGGUGAAGGCGGGGAAGAGGAGGGUGAAGGAUGUGACGGUGAAGGCGGGGAAGAGGAGGGUGGUGGAUGUGGCGGUGAAGGCGGGGAAGAGGAGGGUGGUGGAUGUGGCGGUGAAGGCGGGGAAGAGGAGGGUGAAGGAUGUGACAGUAACAGUAAAGGGGAGGAAGCUGAAGGAAGUGACGAAGGCAGAACUGAGAGGUCGUCUGUGUUUGACCCCGACUAUCUGCUGCGUCUAUUGGCAGAUUGCAUCACGUACAGGUCCUCCCUUCACGACAUCGGGGUAAUUCUCAGGUGUGGCAACGUCGUAAACGGCCCUGUCAAGAGAGGUCUGCGUCCACUUCACUACGCAGCCUACGCUGACUACGCCGACUGUGUGAAGUUCCUGCUGGAUAGGGGGGCCCAAGUGAACCAGCCCGACGACAUCGGGUACACACCCAUACACCUGUGUGCCAGGAAGGGCAACUUCGAGUCCAUGAAGAUCCUCAUUGAACAUGGCGCGUGGGUGGACUUCUUUACAGACGACACCAACAUUGAUGAAAACAUGAAGACUCUUGGCUAUCUUACUAUUGAACCACUGAAUCUCGCCAUAGAAAACAACCAUAUCGAAUGUGUAAGACUUCUUCUGGAAAAAGGAGCAAGACCAGAUCACAAAUAUUUCAUGGGUUAUGAAAUAAAUCUGGUUCCGUUAGAGCAUAUCGAGUGUGUCCAGUUAUUGCUUCAGUUUGGAGCAGACCCUAACGUGUGCAACAGGUGCGGAAUUAGUCCUUUAAUGAAAGCUAGCAGACAACACAACCUGGAGGCCGUCAGACUUUUAUACAAACAUGGGGCAGACGUCAACUUAACGUGCUCUCCAAAAUUUGAGCAGAAAACAGCUCUAUUUUUCGCAAUCCAGAAGGGCGAUCUAGCUAUUACGUCAUAUCUCCUACGCCACGGGGCGCACCCAGGCCGUCCCGCCGACUACAAGUAUGCUGCCCUUCACGCCGCGGUCGCUGCCGAUAGACCUGACCUGUGCGACAUUCUCAUUAAAUGGGACGCUGAAAUAGAUGAGUUGACAGACGAGAACACCACACCGCUGAUGCUGGCUUGUGCUACUCCACACCUGAAGCAGCAGAAGGAGAUAGUGGAGGUACUGCUGAAGAACGGGGCUGAUCCCAAUGCUCAUUCGGACGUCCUGAGCUACACCUCCCCUUGUCUCGCCCCUCUAACCGAGUACCUGCGUUGUAUAGCAGACUCAGUGACUAUCGAUGUUCCCCGGCUGCUAAUCAAAUACGGUGCCAACGUCAGUUUCAAGGGGUCAUCGUCAGUGACGCGAUUGAAAGACCCAUUCGGAAUUCUUCACUAUCUACCUAACAGCCGCGUGGAGAGUAGAGAGGAGAUAUUCCACCUGCUGAUGCAGGCAGGUUCAGUGUUUGACCUGUGCGCUAUCCGACUAUCCACGGGACUGACUAUUCACGAGCGGACGAUCCUGAUGGAGGUGGCAGCCCGACCCCUGCCAGCCAGACAGCUGGUGCGGUUGUUCCUGAGGAAACAGCUUGCAGGCAACUUGCCCGAGAGGGUGGCACUUCUUCCUGUGCCGGAUAUUGUCAAGAAGUACAUUGUAUUUGAUGCGUGAAGCAUACUAGUGCAUGUAUGUUCGUAAACAAAGCAGAGGCUGUGAAAAUAUUAAUUGGAACUGUUAACUGUUCAGAGCUAUUGUUUGUUAUGAAGUGUAAGCAUGCUUCACAAUGAGUAAGUGACCUGACUCCACCAUUAGCCAUUAGUGUAUGCUGGUUAACCGACUCCACCAUUAGCCACUGGUGUAUGCUAGUUAACCGACUUCACCAUUAGCCACUAGUGUAUGCUAGUUAACCGACUUCACCAUUAGCCACUAGUAUACGCUAGUUAACCAACUCCACCAUUAGCCACUAGUGUAUGCUAGUUAACUGACUUCACCAUUAGCCACUGGUGUAUGCUAGUUUACCGACUUCACCAUUAGCCACUGGUGUAGCUAGUUAACCGACUCCACCAUUAGCCACUAGUGUAUGCUAGUUAACCGACUCCACCAUUAGCCACUAGUGUAUGCUAGUUAACCGACUCAACCAUUAGCCACUAGUGUAUGCUAGUUAACCGACUCAACCAUUAGCCACUGGUGUAUGCUAGUUAACCGACUUCACCAUUAGCAACUAGUAUAUGCUAGUUAACCGACUCCACCAUUAGCCACUAGUGUAUGCUAGUUAACCGACUCCACCAUUAGCCACUGGUGUAUGCUUGUUAGCCGACUCCACCAUUAGCCACUGAUGUAUGCUAGUUAACCGACUCCACCAUUAGCCAUUAGUGUAUGCUUGUUAACCGACUCCACCAUUAGCCACUAGUGUAUGCUUGUUAACCGACUCCACCAUUAGCCACUGGUGUAUGCUAGUUAACCGACUCCGUUGUUAGGCAACUGGACGUUCCGCAGCUGUCUGUGAUAACACAUUGUGAUGUACAUAAUACAGUCUCUAGGGGGCAUAAGUGUUUGAAUGCCAGUAAAUAUCUUUUGAAAGAUGUAAAUAAUACAUACAACAAAUAAGUUAUUUGUACAGAACAGGGGGAGAUUUUUUUAAUAAAGCUACCCGACUAAUACGUGUCAUAAUGACUCAUUUAAUGGCAUGAACCUACAACACAUUAAUUACUGAACACCCCCACCUCUACAGGCAGGAGCAAUAUGGUAAGUAAUCUGUAAGCUGCGUAACAGAACGAAGAAGAUAUGUAGAGCAUGCCAAAAACAAAAUAUUCUUCAAGGUGUGUCUAUUUUAAAAGUAUAUUUUUUGCAUUAUAUUAACCCUCUUUUUAGAAUCUUGUGCAACGUUCUGUCCUACUUCCCCCGCCCGACUGUUGUAGCAUAAGACAUGGCAACCAUUGUACAGUUUGACAGCGCGUUAUCUUCCAUGUAGCGGGGUUAUGAAGAAGAUCGUGUAUUUAGUCCUGAUUAACUGACACAUGGGAUUAGAGGUGUUAUUACUUAUUGUAAACCGAAUAGGAGUGUGAGCUGCUGUGUGAUUGGCUGAAAAACGUUGUUCCAAGGGAUUGGAAGCCCGGGUGUUUCCUGGACAAUUCGCUGCACGCGUUUAAAAAAACACGCCACUAGCCAUGGCGACAAAAAAAACUGCAUCCAGCAUAUGAGUCCUUAUGAAAAUCUGACAGUAUUCUUGUCUGGGGCAAGUUAACUUUAGGAUUGUCAAUACUCCAUUUGAAAAAAAAGAAGUAUUUCUUAUGCUUUGUUUGUGAUAUCAUCUUUCAAUAACAAAUCAUGUUGUUUAUUACACCAUUAUUUGAAAAUAAAGUGGGUAAAAUCUGGUC